CCGCAGCACCCACUGCAUCCUCACCUCCCCAGCCCGGGGGGCUGCUGCCCGGGGGUCCUGCUUGUGUCCUGACCCCAGAGCACUCGAGGUGAGUAGUGGGCACAGCCUGUAGGGAAAGGGGGUUUGCAAAACGGGGCUUUGGCUGUUUGGUGAGGCUGCCUGGUGCAGGGGAGGCAGCCGGAGGGGCUGUGACUCUGCUGCUGGCUGGUGCAAUCCCCGCGCUGCCCAGGCCCUGCAGCCCAGAAGCCUCCUUGAAACCCGUGGAGCUUCACAAAGUCUGAACUGUUGGGAAAUGCCCCAUAAAGCCCCAGCAGCCACAGCCCGGGGGUCUGGGGCCUCUUCCUGCCCUGCUUGUUCUCCCCACCACAACCCCCGCUCGUCCCACCCCCACGAGGGUCAGGGAGGGGUCCCCAUGGGGAGCAGUCCUGGGGUGCUAUCCUGAGGACGGGCGAGCCACAGCCCCCCUGCCCAGCUGCCUCCUGCGCCAGCAGAGCCAGGCACACCAAGGGUAAACAUUGAGAUAAUCCAAGAAUUUGGGAAACCGAAACUCAGCAGAGCAUUUCCUGGAAUUUGGCUGCCAUGACAUCACCCGAGGCCCCUGCAGGCAGCAAGUUUCCCUCCAGCCACACUGACCUUUCGGUCGGAGACGGAGGAUUGACCAGACUCGUAUCAGACCCUCUUUCUCCAGGAGCUACCUCCCCAAGUCAGCCCACAAUGAACAUUGUCGGCUCUUCAGUGGGGACAGCCUUAGCAAUUGGGGUGAAAAAAGCACUCAUUGGAGCCGCUGCUGGAACCGCUACUGGAGUAGGGCUGGUAUUUGCCAUCCCAGCGGUGGUCUCUGCGAUGGGAUUUACAGCAGGUGGCAUCGCCGCCGGGACCCUGGCUGCCAAGAUGAUGUCGGCAACUGCCAUAGCCAACGGGGGAGGAGUGGCUGCCGGCAGCACCGUGGCCGUGCUGCAGUCGGUCGGAGCUGCAGGUCUCUCUCGCUUGGUGCCAAAGUUGGGCUGUCUAUGCUGGGGCCACUUGGUGCAGCUGUUUCCAGGUUCUUCUAGUGACAAAGCCAAGCGAAGCCAAAGAGGCAGGUGUCGUGGUGGUUGUUGUGCGGCCGGGACCCCCAGUGCCUGGGCUUGGCAGUGGUGCAGGGACAGCCCCAGACUGCUUCCAGUCCCACCCUCUGCCCCUGCCACCUGGCCAGGCUGGCGAGAGGUGUGUGAGAAACCGUGUCUAACUCCCGCUGUGCGUGGUGACAAGUGGCAGCCUGGACAGGCAUGUGGCACGUGUGCCACACUGUGUCCCGAGCAGGGGUGAACGGGGCUCUCCCUGCAGACCCAGCUGCCCCUGGGCCCGUCCCAGGAUGCCCACUGAUGCCCCAGCUGGGAGGGUUUGGCCCCGGGACCCUGCACCACCCUCUCUUGCUCCAGCCUUGGACCCUCACCGAUGUUUGCCGUGACCUCCCCAUCCCAGACCCCCACUGCGACCCUCCAGCACCCCCGCUGGGAUCCCCAGCAUCUCUCCCGUGCCCCCUCCACGUACCUGACCCCGCACACAGAGACGCCCCAACGCAGAUCUCCGCCUCCUCCCCCGCCACCUGCUGGGAGGGGCCCCGGGGCGGGGACGG